AGGUCAUGCCGUGCUGUAGAGGGUGCUGUGGAAAGUAUGACCCGGAUGCUCCACUCGUGGAGGUGAAUCUCUUAGAGGCCGGCGAGUACAGCUUGAAGAUUGGAGUUCGUCUGCCGAGGAGCUUCCUCCGGCGGAGAGCCGUACAGCUUUUGGUGGCGACCUUGGGAGGUCCUGAGCUUGACAUCCUAGGCCCCAAGAAGGAGUAUGUCUCCUACAAUGGCGGCCGUUUGGUACAUCAGGUCAAAGAGCUUUUGCCAGACACCAGGUACACUGUGGAAGUGUCACUGGCCGAUGGACUUCUGGAGCCCGCCAAGCUGGAGGCGCGCACAGCGCCAGCAACGACCUGCCAGUUUGCAGAAGAGGACUGGGGACGAAGCUUCUUCAAACUUGGAGCGGAGGGAAAGGAUGCGAAGAAGGAUCGUGCGCUUGAUCGUGCCUCCAGGACGACCAUGUCAACAGCGCUCACAGGUCGAUCGGACUUGGAGUCACCGAUGACGGUGCAAUCCGUUUCAGGCGACCGGGAUGACUCCACCGUGUGUCCCAGCGAGACCGAUGGCGUCGAAGUGGAGCGCACUGAAUGGGACUUCUCUCCUGAGGAGGUGUGCCGUCAGCGGGUGGUGGAGGAUGAUGUGCUCGUGGAAGAGUUCAUUCCUCCGUCCAACUCGAUCCAAUGCAACCUAUGCAGCUUGAUCGACUGCUUCCGGCUGAGGCCCAGCACUUCGUCCGUUCCCUCCAGUGCUGCCGCUGUUAACAGCGCCGACGACAACGAAAUGCUGUUCAGCAACGGCCGCGCAGAGGAGGUGCUCCCGGUGAGCACGUCUCCCAGGCGCAGGCCUCGGCCUCCCUUCCCGGGCGUGGCCGUGGACCCGGCCUCGGUCGGCUUGGAGCUCUUGCCUAUCCUGAAUGAGAGCCAGCUUCAGCAUGUGGUUGAGGCGCGUGCGGCGCGCGCACGGAGUGAGAUGGCCUUGGAGGUGGAGAGAGUCGCCUGAAAAGCAAGCAGUGCCUGGCAGUGCCCAUGAAAAGGAAACUUAGAGGAGCAAGGACGCUACUAGGGGCUCCUGGCCUUACUA